CGUUGCGUGCAUAUUUGGAGAAAAGGUGGGCGGUGCUGUCUUCCCGCCCACCCCGAAGCGAGUCAAUCAUGUCAGUUUCCUCAAUUAGAGAUGGAAGCGGAAGACACGAAACGGUUACGGUGCAUAUUAACGUUAAAGAAGUCUUGUGUUGACAAGUAAUGUACCGUGUGCUGACUCACCGGUGCCCGCUUCACGAUGAACCACUACCGGGGUGGACAUGGCGUGAAGCCCGCCUGGAUCCUGCUGGCUGCGACCUGCCUGAUUAGCGCCAGCACUGCCCGGGGAACUCCUCUGCUGCUGACCCCUCAGGUGUUUCUGGAAAAAUAUGGCUACCUUCAUGAUAACAACCACAUCCACAAUGCAGCUGAGAUGCAGUCAGCCAUCCGGGACUUCCAGUGGUUGUCUCGCCUGCCCAUGACAGGUGAACUGGACAGCGCCACCCUGAGGCAGAUGGCAGAGCCUCGCUGUGGUGUUUCCGACCAGGGCAGCCAGCAGAUCUGGGCCAAGAGGGUAAACAUCAAGCGUACUGCGAGGAGUUCUACCCCGGGGCCCCUGUGGCGCCGCAGGAAACGUUUUGCAGUAAAAGCGGACAAGUGGUACAAGCGCCACCUGGCCUACCACAUAGUCAACUGGCCCAGCCACCUGUCUCCGGGCUCCGUGCGACUGGCGGUGAACGCCGCCUUCCAGCUGUGGAGCAACGUGUCGGGUCUGGUGUUCCGGGAGGCCCCCGAGGGAGCCGCAGACAUCCGCCUGGCUUUUUACGAGGGGGACCAUAACGACGGGGCCAGCAACGCCUUCGAUGGACCAGGGGGAACUCUGGCUCACGCCUUCCUGCCUCGCCGAGGGGAGGCCCACUUCGACAUGGCGGAGAGGUGGACGCUGAACGGACACAAGGGCCACAACUUGUUCCCGGUGAUGGCCCACGAGAUCGGACACACCCUGGGGCUGGAGCACUCGCCCGUGCGCCACGCCCUCAUGUCGCCCUACUACAGGAAGCUGGGCCGCAGCCUGCUGAUGAGCUGGGACGACAUCCUGGCCGUGCAGCAGCUCUACGGUAAGCCGGCAGGUGAUCGAGCCGUGCGGCUGCCAGGUGAGGUGCUGCACGCCGCCCUGCAGGAGUGGGAGUCCACGGAUGUUCUCAACAGGCAAAACAAUGGCCGCCCUCUCUACUGCCAGUCUGGGCUGUUUGACGCCAUCACUGCUGACCAGAACGGGACGACGGUGGUGUUCCGAGGCGGCGUGUACUGGACCGUAUCAGCUGACGGCGACGUGAGCGACCCGCUGCCUCUCCGCAGGACCUGGACCGACCUCCCGGUGGCCAUCGAGGCGGCGGCUUUCUCCCCGCCGGACGCCAAGUGGUUCUUCUUCAAGGGGAGGCGCGUGUGGCGUUACUCGGGCCGAGUCCUCGACCCGGGUUUCCCUAAAUACGUCAUGGAGUCGGGCCUCCCUCGCCGCCCGGACUGCGCCUUCUACUACGCCCCCCUGGGUCACAUGGUCCUGUUCAAGGGCGCGCGCUACUUUGUCCUCAACCUGCAAACCCUGCACCAGGAGCCCUACUACCCCCGCAGGCUCAAAGACUGGACGGGCGUGCCACGGGGCACCAAUGGGGUCCUGAGCCGUCCAGACGGCCACCUCUACAUGUUCAGGGGGCAGCAGUACUGGACCUUUGACCCCCUCAAGGUGCGAGUCACUCGGGUGGGUCAGUGGGUCAAAGGGCUGAGCUGGAUGGGUUGUGGUCAAGUUCCUGGGAGCAAUACCAUUCUUUGACCAGCAGAGGGAGCUCUAACUUUUGUAUUUUACACAUGAACACUGCAGUAUUUUGCUCUAUUACGUUUUAUUAUUAUUUGCACUUUUGAAAUGUAAACACGUACGAUGGACGACACUUUUAAAGGGACAGCGCAAGUGUUGAAGGCCGAAAAGUCAACUGAUUUAUGGAUCAGCCCGACAUUUGAUGGAUGGCUGAUCAAUAAGCACAUGAAGGGAUGAUGACACAGCUGGGACAAUUUGUCAUUUGGAGGCCGAAGCAGACUUUUUAUUCACUUGUUCAAUCUCACAGCUGAUCAUUUAGCAUGUCCAACAUCAAAUACUGCAGGAAGAGUUGCUACUUUAACGUUUAGUGUGAAGAAGUUUGCUAUCCACAGAACAACAAUUGCACAAAUAUUACUUCUAAAUAUACAAACAAUACCAUUUGGACAUAAAACAACUCUUUAAUAAUCCCUCCAGGAUGGAAUUUAUGUAAAUGUUGCAGCAAAACAUUUAGGCUCCUUUUCAAUAACAAGCAAUUCAUGUGGGAUUAGUUUUAGUAUGAAGACAUGAGGAACAUGUUUGGAUUGAAAUAUUUUACACACAAUAAAAAUAGGUAAAUAUUGGAAAUUACAGUAUUAACCAUUAUAUUUACAGCCUUAUUCCAAAAUUGAAUGCAUUUGUGUCCUCAAAAUUCUACACACAAUACCCCAUAAUGACAAUGUGAAAAGGCUUUUUUCAAUGAUGCAAUUUUUUUUUUUUUUUUUUUUAACUUUUCACAUUGUCAAUAUGGGGUUUUGUGUGUAGAAUUGUGAGAACAAAAAUGUAUUUAUUCCAUUUGAGAAUAAGGCUGUAACAUAAAAUGUGAAAAAAGUGUGGCCUUUACGGAUGCACUUCAUUUCAUAUUGAAUCUGAUCAAAUAAAAUAAAAAGCUUUGAUUUGGGGGGGAAAAACCCACUACAAUAAGCAUGGGUGGGGGAGGGUUCUGUAAACUUCCCCUGCGCUCAAUGUAAACAAACAUGGCGUCAAACGCGUGGGACUUUGUCACAGUUUCAUCUUAUUGGGCACUACACCGUUCCUGGGAUCAACACCCUUCUGGCAAUGUAUUAUUUAGUACAAUAAUUAUAAUGAAACUAGUUCAAAACAGGUGUGAAAAGAUCCAUCUGGUUGCAUGGACUUGGCCUAAAACAGACUUUUUUUAGAAUUAGAUUCUUCAAAAAAAAAUGUUCAAUUGAUUUCGACCCCAAAUGCGACAAGCGGUAGAAAAUGGAUGGAUUGAUUUUUUUAAAUGAUGAAUCUGUUUAGAAAUGGCAUAAAUAAAAAUCGUGAUUCGGAUGUGAAUCGAUUUUUUUGUUGUUGCACCCCUAAAUAUUUUGCCAGCCAUUUCACUUGGAGUUAAGCAAACGGGGACAAAAAAAACCCAUCAAGCUCCAACACAUCAAACCUUAUCAGCCACUUACGACGGGGUUUGAAGCCCAAAAAGAAGAGUUGAAUUGAGAAAGAAGUAAGUCCUGGAACAAAUGUCUUGGAGGGAAGAAGUUAGCAGGAUGACAUCAUGUUGACCUGCUCAGUGGCCUAAUGGUUAGAGUGUCCGCCCUGAGAUCGGUAGGUCGUGAGUUCAAACCCCGGCCGAGUCAUACCAAAGACUAUAAAAAUGGGACCCAUUACCUCCCUGCUUGGCACUCAGCAUCAAGGGUUGGAAUUGGGGGUUAAAUCACCAAAAAUUAUUCCCGGGAGUGGCCACCGCUGCUGCUCACUGCUCCCCUCACCUCCCAGGGGGUGAACAAGGGGAUGGGUGAAAUGCAGAGGACAAAUGUCACCAUGUGACAAUCAUUGGUACUUUAACUUAAGUCCAAUAUGUUUGGAUAAAACUGCAAGGCGGUAAAAAAAGUGCGAAGGGAGUGAAUACUUACGUCUUCUGCUCACUGGUCGUCUCAGAUAAAGAACUCCACCUGCUCCGCCAUGUUCCUGUGAGACGGCGGCGGGCGGGUCCUGUCUGCGUGUGCGUAGCAGGAGCCCGGUGCGCCUCCACGCCACUUCCCGGCGGAUCCUCCGAGCCCAGCGGCGUUCAAAAGCUCCACGGAAGAAGAGCGAGGUAUGACAGCCACGCCUGUGUCCACGUU